AUGCAGGCGAAGGGGCAGGAAGAGCAGAAGGGCGAGGAGCUGAACCACUUCCUGGACAUUCUGGAGGAGGAGUUCGCCUUGUGUGAGGAGGGGGGGGAGAAGAGGGAAGAAGAUGGUGCCCCGUUGGGGAGUAUCGAAGCGGAGGAGUUAGGAAAACAUCGGGCAUACUACCUCCAGCUGAAGGAGGAAAAAAAUGUGCAAGUGGAAGAAUCAAAAUACGUAACGUCGUUACGUAUAUGUAACAAGUACAACCUAGAACAUAGUAAAGUGCUUGGAAUGGCAAAAAAGUUGGAGACCAUGUACUACGUUGUUAAUCAUGUUCAAAGCUUCAACACGUACCAAUUGACGGAGGAAGGAAAGGAGUACCUUCACGAUGGAUCACCAGAAUACGUAACGUUGAAAUAUGUAGUAGAACAGAAAGAAUGCACCCUGGAUGAUUUGAAGAGGUUGUUUGGGAAGAAGGGAGAUAUUGGAUUGAACAUCAAUUUAAAAAGGAAAAAGAUUGAACUUCGAAAAAGCGAUAAAAAGUUAUGCGCUCAUGUGGAAGGUGGUGCCAACAGUCUCGUGGAUGACACGAGACAGUACCUUGACAUGGUAGAAAAGCAUGGACAUAAUGAAGGUACUCUUGUCUCCAACUUAAAGCAGAUCUUACCCUCAGGGGAAAAUCACGAAGAGAUAAACAAUUUGAUAAAGGAACUGAAAAAGAGAAAACUCAUGGACGUGAAGAAGGUGUCCUACAUCUAUAUCGUUCGAACUAGCCAUUUUACAAAAGAAAUAAAGAAACAGAUUACCGACCUAACAUAUCUAUUGAUAAAAAAUGAAGAAUACAAAAAAUAUGGCAUAAAAAAAUAUAAUUUCUUUUCCAGCGGAAAAAAAAUGAAUAAAGGGAACAUUCAUUUGUUAAUUAGACAAAUGAGAAUAUUCAAGGAUAUUUUUGUUUCUCUGGGAUUUGAAGAAAUGGAUACGCACAAUUAUGUAGAAUCUUCCUUCUGGUGCUUCGACGCCUUGUACAUUCCGCAACAACACCCGAGUAGGGAUUUGCAAGAUACGUUUUUUAUUGAAAAGCCUGAAUUGUGCAUGGAUAAUUUCACAGAUAAAUGUUACAUCGAUAAUGUUAAGCGUGUUCAUUCUGUGGGAGAUUAUGGAAGUUUCGGUUGGAAUUAUCAGUGGGAAUUGAAGAGCACAAAAAAGAACGUCCUCAGAACACAUACCACUGCCAAUUCUUGUAGGGCCUUAUUCCAGCUAGCGAAAGAGUAUGAAAAAACGGGUUCUAUAAUUCCCAAAAAAUAUUUUAGCAUAGAUAGAGUGUUCAGAAAUGAGAAUCUAGACAGUACCCAUUUGGCUGAAUUCCAUCAAGUCGAAGGACUCAUCAUCGACAAAAACUUGGGACUGUCUCACUUAAUUGGAACGUUAACAGCCUUUUACAAACACAUUGGUAUUUGUAAGCUACGAUUCAAACCGACCUUCAACCCGUAUACGGAGCCUUCCAUGGAGGUGUAUGGUUACCAUGAGGAAAAUAAAAAGUGGAUGGAGGUUGGGAAUAGUGGCAUUUUCCGUCCUGAGAUGCUACGCGCUAUGGGCUUCCCCCCAGAGGUGUCUGUCAUUGCCUGGGGUCUGAGCCUGGAGAGGCCCACCAUGAUCAAGUACAACAUUCGCAACAUACGCGACCUCUUCGGCUAUCGCAGCGUGCUCUGA